UAUUGGUCAAAUGUGAACCACGAACGAGAGAGAGAGACACACACACACACAGCUCUAUAAAGACAGAGAAGGCAAACAAAACACAAACUGUGAUUUAUUUAUUUUUAUUUUUUGUGCAAAAGAAAUGGGAAACGAAGGGACGAUUGUGAGGAAGCCAAGGUUUCUGUGUCUCCAUGGGUUCCGUACGAGCGGAGAGAUAAUGAAGAUUCAGCUUCACAAGUGGCCUCAAUCUGUUAUUGACCGACUCGAUCUCGUUUUCCUCGACGCGCCGUUCCCUUGUCAAGGCAAAUCUGAUGUCGAAGGCAUCUUCGAUCCUCCUUAUUACGAGUGGUUCCAGUUUAACAAGGAAUUUAACGAGUAUACGAAUUUCGAGAAAUGCUUGGAGUAUUUAGAGGAUCGUAUGAUCGAGCUUGGUCCCUUUGAUGGUCUCAUCGGCUUUUCUCAGGGUGCAAUAUUGUCUGGAGGAUUACCAGGACUGCAAGCUAAGGGCAUUGCACUCCAGAAAGUACCAAAGAUCAAGUUUAUCAUCAUUAUUGGAGGAGCUAUGUUCAAAUCCACCAAUGUCGCGAAGGAUGCGUAUUCGUCUACCAUGGACAUUCCCUCCCUCCACUUUCUAGGGGAGACUGAUUUCUUGAAACCUUACGGAACUGAGCUGAUAGAUUCCUUCGAGAAUCCGGUGGUGGUCCAUCAUCCCAAGGGCCACACGGUCCCAAGGCUUGAUGAGAAGAGCUUGGAGAAAGUUACUGCUUUCAUUGACACCUUAGAGCAUCUGCUGAUGGAGGAAGAAGUCAAGAUUGGUGAAGAUCUUAUAAUGUAAUGUAUAACCAAUAAUUCUUGUAGACAAAAAAUAAUCGUGAAAUGGCUGUAAAAUCAUAUUCUUGAUUACACACAAAUAAUAAAAGUUUCAUUCUUUGACUUCCA